AUGGCCCAGAUGCGGGCAGCAGCCAAGUGUGCCGCGUAUGAAGUAGAGGCAUCGCUAUUGUCGGAGAGACAAGCUGUUGCCAAGAAAGAGCUUGAAAUGUCACAACAGCGGGAAGAGUUGGAAAUGAAGGCCAAAUUAGCACAUGCUCAGGCAAAGGAAAGAGCAUUUAAAUCAAGUAGAAGUCCUGUAGCGUCCGAGAAGGUGGGCGUUUCCAGGAAUGGUGGUCCCAAUGUGUUAAAGACAAAUGACACUAGAUUGGAUCCAACGCGACCUGAAUUUCAACCAGGCCGUGUCCUUGGAAAUAUGACUAACUAUGCCAACUAUCAAUCUACCCCAAUGGCACCGGAAAGUGUGCCACCUGUCAACACCAGUUACUUUACACCAUUUCCAGGAAGCAAUGUGAUGAGCAACCAGCCAACAGUAAGUAAUAUGAGUAGCCCUACAUUUCCCGACGCUCUUAUGGAGGUUUUGCAGCAAGGGCAACAGCAGCAAAGGAUGUUAUUAAAUACACUGCAGUUGCCUAAGGUAGAUCUGAUGACCUUUGACGGGGAUCCUCUUAGGUAUUGGCUGUUUAUAAGGGCAUUCGAAAACUCUGUUGACCGUGACCUCAUUGACGACAGUGUCAAGCUAAGUAGGCUUCUGCGAUACUGUACAGGAAAGGCAAGGCAGGUGAUUGAGUGUUGCGCAGUAAAGGAUCCGGCAGAGGGUUACACACUCGCAAGAAAACUAUUAAAGGACCGGUUUGGUAGUGACUUUGUGGUUAGUCAGGCCUGGGUCAAUCGAAUUGUCAACAGGAGGCAAGCCAAGGAUCCAGAAGCAAUGAGGGAUCUAGCUGAUGACUUGAAGAACUGCGUUGAAACGUUGACCGCCAUGAAACAGUUGGAUCGCAUAACGAACGAUUCGUACUUGGUGCAGAUUGUGGAGAGGUUGCCACUGUAUCUCCAGAAUAGAUGGAAGAGAGUGGUCUAUAAGAUCCGGCACAGCAAGGACGAUGGCUCAAGAAACCCAGGAGUAAAGGAUCUCCUGCAGUUUAUCUCUGAGGCUGCUGAAGAAGAAAAUGAUCCGGUGUUUGGCAAGAGUGGUGCUAAAGAGCCCAAGGUAGAAUCUCACCAGAAGUCAGAUAACAAGCCAAAGCCCACGUUCAGUAUCCAGACAGAUAAAGGAGACCAAGGCUCUAGCAGUGACAAGCCCAGGGCACCCAAAUGCCUGGUAUGCCAAGGCCCUCAUUAUGUGACGGCCUGUGAAAUCUUCAAGAAGAUGACGCAAAAUGAGAGAUGGGUUAACAUCAGAGACAACAAGGUCUGCAAGAAUUGUUUGAGUGGAUCACAUUUUGCUUCGAACUGCACAAGACCGCCCGCAUGUAAGGCUCCGGGCUGCGGAAAGAAGCACAGCACGUUCCUUCAUUUAGAUGGCGCUCCAGCACCCAAGCCUCAGGCACAAGGCCACAAUGUUGAAGAAAAGAAGACAGAUGUAAAGUCAGCUAAACCCGCAGGGAACAAUGCCAUUAGCUUGUCGACUGGGGCCGGUAACAAGCGGAUUGCGUCGCCGAUGAUUCCGGUAAAGGUCAAGGGUAUUGGAGGGAGUGAAGAAGUUGUAACCUAUGCUAUGUUAGAUAACUGUUCUACUGCCACACUGUGCACUGAAAGCCUGGCGACCAAACUCGGACUAAAAGGUAAAACGACAGUGACAGAAUUGACAACGAUAGAAAGGAAAGAUAGUCGGUUUGAGACCACGAUUUAUGGGUUGGAAGUAACUGACCUUGAUGAUACUGACAAGGUAGACCUGCUCAUAGGACAGGACGUGUCGGAGGCCUUGGUUCCACUGGAGGUCAAGAGUCAUAAUUACGAUCCCCGAGGGGUGCCGUACGCUGUAAGGACAACCCUGGGAUGGACCCUAAACGGACCAUUUGAGGAAAAUGAGAGGACUGAUGGACACAGCUGUCACUUUGUAAACAAUGACACAAGUCUACAGCGACAGGUUGAGCAAUUUUGGAAGCUCGACAAUCUAGGUGAUGGGACUGGCCUAUCGAUGGAUGACAGAAAGGUGAUUGACCUUUGGGAUAGGACAGCAGUGUUACAUGAUGGACAUUAUACUUUGCCCAUACCGUUCAAACAAAGGCCCCCAAAUUUACCUGACAACUAUACUAUGGCAAAGAAAAGGUUGGAAAGCCUAGGAAGAAGACUUCAGAAGGAUGCUACGCUGCAUGAAAAGUACAACACCGAGAUCAAGGUCCCGCUGGAAGAAGGUUAUGCAGAAGUGGUGCCAGACGAGGAAAUGGGCAGGAAGGAUGGAAUGGUAUGGUACCUUCCUCACCAUCCCGUAUUGAACCCAAAGAAGCCUGGCAAAACAAGAAUUGUCUUCGACUGUGCUGCCAAACACAGAGGAACGUCACUGAAUGAUAAUGUGCUACAAGGUCCCGACUUGACAAAUAAGUUGAUUGGAGUGCUGUUGCGGUUCCGCCAAGAGAAAGUAGGGUUUACGUCAGAUGUAAAGGCAAUGUUUAAUCAGGUCAGGGUUGAAAAGGACCAUAGGGACGUGCUCCGCUUUCUGUAUUUUGAUGAGGGUGACAUGACAAAGGCUCCAAUUCAUUACAGAAUGCGAACUCACAUAUUUGGUGGGGUCUGGAGCCCCAGUGCCGCAAACUAUGCAUUGAAGAAAACUGCAGCUGACAAUGCUUCAGACUUCCCUCCAGAGACGGCCGAAACGGUAAAUAGGUCAAUGUACGUGGACGAUGUCCUUGGAAGUAAGCCGAAUGACCCUGAAGCAAUUGUGCUGUCGACCAACCUCCGUGAACUGCUAAAAAGAGGAGGAAUGGAUGUCGUCAAGUGGGCCAGUAACAGCCGCGUUCUCUUGAAAGCCAUCCCAAAUUCUGAUUUGGCCAAGGAGAUGAAGGACCUAGAUUUAGACAGUGAUGGUCUACCCAUGGAACGAGCGCUGGGAAUGGUUUGGGAUGUAGAGCUGGAUACCUUCAGACCAUGUAUUACCACACAAGACCGCCCGAUGACAAAACGGGGUGUGCUCAGCAUCCUGAGUUCGGUGUAUGAUCCACUGGGACUGGUCAAUCCAUUUGUGUUGAAAGCGAGGACCAUAUUCCAGGAUCUGUGCAGAGAAGGGUUAGGAUGGGAUGAUGAAAUGUCCGAAGAUCAACAGCAGCAAUGGAAUAGGUGGCGUGAGGAUUUACCAAAGCUUGAAAACUUCUCUGUGCCCCGAUGUCUACGUUCAGAGGAUCUGGACAAAAUAGUACAUAGCCAGCUGCACCAUUUUUCGGAUGCAUCAGAAGGAGGUCUUGGCGCAACAAGCUAUCUCAGACAGGAAGACGUUAAUGGACGUGUUCACUGCGCACUAGUUAUGACCAAGGCAAAGCUAACCCCAUUAAAGACCACAACUAUCCCAAGGCUCGAACUGACUGCAGCUGUCGAAGCAGUGAAACUAGACAAACUGUUGCGUAGCGAACUUGAGAUUCCUCUUUGCGAGUCUAUUUUCUGGACGGACAGUAUGAUUGUACUAUAUUACAUAAGGAAUGAGGCAAAGAGAUACCAAACAUUCGUUGCAAACAGGGUGGCUAAGAUCCAUGAGAACACUGUGCCCACACAAUGGAGGCAUGUACCAACUGAUCAGAAUCCAGCAGAUGACGUAUCACGAGGUAUGACAGCUGAUGAACUGAUUGGAAAUGACCGGUGGAAACACGGACCCGAAUUCCUGAAGAAACCAGAGACGGACUGGCCAAACCAGCCAAUUAUUGAUAAACACCUGACUGAAGGAAUUGAGGUCAAACCCGAGGUGAAGGUUUAUGCAACUGGUGAGAUUCCAGAUCAAGGACACCAGGCUAUCAGCAGGAUAAUAAAUCACUAUUCCUCUUGGUAUAGGCUCAAGAAGGGGAUGGCAUGGUUGCUGCGACUGAAGAAGGUGCUGCGUCAGAAGGUCAGGAAUAAGGGUAAUCCAGUGCAAGGACCCUCAACCUCUCCUUGUGGUGGUCUUACUGUGAAUGAGCUUUGGGAAGCCGAGCAGGAAGUGCUCAAAUUCGUGCAAAGGAAGGCGUUUGAUAAUGUCCAGUCCAAGACCGGCAAGCUAAGAAAGUUGAACCCAGUGCUGGAUGACAAUGGAGUCCUGCGCGUGGGUGGUCGUCUGGGAAAUUCCAACCUGCCUGAUCAGACGAAACACCAGAUCAUAUUGCCUAAGAAAGGUCACGUGGUCGACCUGAUAGUUCAAUAUUUCCACAAUUUGACGGGCCAUUCCGGAUCAGAAAGGGUGCUGACAGAAAUCCGACAGAAGUAUUGGAUCAUCAAGGGAAGACUCGCAAUAAGAAGAAACAUCACCAGAUGUAUGCGCUGUCGAAAAAGAAAUGCUCAACCAAUGACCCAACAAAUGGUAGACUUGCCUACUGACCGAGUGGCUCCCCCUAGAGCAGCCUUCAGUCACGUAGGAUUGGACUACUUUGGCCCGUAUCAUGUCAAACGAGGCCGGUGCUUGGUAAAGCGAUAUGGAUGCAUUUUUACCUGCCUCACAACCAGGGCCAUACACAUUGAAGUGGCAGAGAGUUUAACCACAUAUUCGUUCAUCAACGCCCUGCAGAGAUUUGUAAGUAGACGAGGGACACCAAUCAGGAUCCGGUCCGAUAAUGGCACGAACUUUGUGGGGGCACAGAAAGAGUUGAGGAGAGCCAUUCGCGAAUUGAAUCUUGGCCGAGUUGAAGAAUACAUGCGUCAAAGAGAGAUCACCUGGGUAUUCAAUCCACCUGCAGCAUCCCACAUGGGGGGUGUAUGGGAGAGGCAGAUCAGGUCUGUUAGGAAAGUAUUAGACGGCAUAAUAAAACAACAGAACCUGACAGAUGAGACUCUUAACACAAUGAUGUGCCUGGUUGAAGCCAUAAUAAAUGGAAGACCCUUGACAAAGCUGUUGGAUGACCCAGAUGACUUACAACCUAUCACACCAAACCAUUUGCUGCUACUGCGCCCGGGAUCAUGCCGACCUCCUGGACUAUUUGAUGAAACAGAUCUGUACAGAAGAAAAUGGAAGCAAGUGCAGUAUCUCGCUGACCUGUUUUGGCGUAGGUGGACAAAGGAAUAUCUGACUGCCCUGCAAGAACGACAGAAAUGGUGUCACGCAAGUCAAAACCUGAAACCAGAUGACCUGGUUCUGAUUGUAGAUGACAAUGCUCACAGGAAUUCCUGGAUGUUGGGACGAGUAAUGGAGACGUAUCCUGGAAAGGAUGGCUGGGUGAGGUCAGCCAAAAUCAAAACACAGCAUAAUGAGCUGAUAAGACCUGUCACCAAGCUGUGUUUACUUGAGUCGUCUGUUGAUAUCUAG